UGUUUUCAUAAUAUUAGAUUCUGCGUGCUUGAACCUAGCAACAUAUUGUUGUGACAAUGUACGCCAUUUCUUGCUCAGGGCUAGAAAAUUCCUUAGUUUCAAGCAACUCAUUCCGUUAGUUCGUUGUUUACUUUCUGUCCAGACCCGUUUGGAAGGCAUGUCCUUUACAGUGCGUGGUUCUUACUUUAGAUCAUCACGUCCCCAUGAACAUACAAGAAAUAUAAUAACUUUAAAAACUCGUUCAAAAUCAGCGAAUACAAUACCGACACGCCCAGAUUUUAGUGCAAAUUUUAACAUUAAUCCACGAGUUGUACCCCCAUUCUCAAUACAAUCGUGCCAGAAGAACACAGUUGUUAUUAAAGGCCCACUAGAGGAAACUAGUACGGUUAAUCAAAAUAAAACUCGUACCGGCAACAAAAAAUCUCCUCAAAAAAAAUUGAAAACUAUUAAAAGCAAAGCAUUUUCUACCUUUGAUCUGAACCCGUAUAAAAAUGAUUCAUCGAAACAAAAUCGAGGUAGCACAUCAUUUCGUAUGUAUUUCGAUCGUGGCGAUUUGCCUAUAAAAAUGGAAUAUCUGUGUGGUGGUGACAAAAUUGGUUGGACUGUUGACAUCGACAAACUCGAUUACAGUCUAUAUUUGCCACUUUUUUUCGAUGGGCUCUCGGAAACGCAACACCCAUAUAAAACCUAUGCACGCCAAGGUGUUUCCGAUUUAUUGGUAGCUGGCGGUGGUAAAAUACAGUCGGUAAUACCGCAAUUGAUUUUACCUUUGAAAAAUGCAUUAAGCACUAAAAAUUUGGAAGUUAUGUGCACUACUUUAAAAAUCAUACAACAACUCGUUAUGUCUUCAGACUUAGUUGGACCAGCUUUAGUGCCAUUCUAUAGGCAAUUACUGCCAAUGUUCAAUGCUUAUAAAGUUAAGAAUAUAAAUUGCGGUGAUAAAAUUGACUAUGGACAGAAAAAUAAUAUGAAUUUGGGCGAUCUUAUAGAUGAAACUUUACAAGUUCUUGAGUUGCAUGGCGGAGAAGAUGCUUUCAUAAAUAUUAAAUAUAUGGUACCAACAUACGAGUCAUGUUAUUUAAAUUAAAGA